AUGGGGGUAUGCAUUUUCCUAUCCUUCAUGUUCCUGGCCAUGUUCUCAGGGUCGUCAACCCAGAUUUCCAAACCAAUUGUUUUCCAACCAGAAGGGAAUCAAGAACUUCAACUUUUUCUAGAGAAAAAAAAUGAUCUUAACCCACCCAAAAAGCAAGGAGGUAGUUAUGAGCAAGGAAAACCAGGCACACUUAGUCUGCAAGGACAACCAGGAUAUUCUAACCAGCCAGGAAAACCAGGGUAUUUUAAUCAGUAUGAAAGGCCAGAAGUUUUGAACCAGCCUGGCAUGUCAGAAGCUUGGAUUUUGAAAGGAAAUUCAGGAGAAUAUAACCAAAAAGGAAACACAGAAGCUUCUAAUGAGCAAGGAAAUUCUGGAUCUUUUCAUCAAGCAGGGAAGCCGGGGUCAUCCACUCAGCAGGGCAAGCCGGGGUCAUCCACUCAACAAGGGAAGCCAGGGUCAUCCACUCAACAAGGCAAGCCAGGGUCAUCCACUCAGCAGGGCAAGCCAGGGUCAUCCACUCAACAAGGCAAGCCAGGGUCAUCCACUCAGCAGGGCAAGCCAGGGUCAUCCACUCAGCAGGGCAAGCCGGGGUCAUCCACUCAGCAGGGCAAGCCGGGGUCAUCCACUCAACAAGGCAAGCCGGGGUCAUCCACUCAGCAGGGCAAGCCGGGGUCGUCAUCUCAGCAUAGGCAAUCACGGUCUUUUUACAAUCAAGAAGAAAGAAAAAGUGUGGAAGGUCUUUUGAAUGGCAAUAUAAAGAAGACCCAGGGAGGAUUUCUCUCCAGAGAAGUAAAGUGGAGGAUGUUCGACCAGUACUCAGAGCAGGAUUUUGGAACUGGCAGUACCAUCAGCAAGAUUCCAGUUAGAAAUGCAAAGUGUCCAUCUGUCUUCAAACCAGUCUGUGGUUCUGAUGGGAAAACCUAUGGUAACCGCUGUGUAUUCAACGAGGCAAAGAGGUUGAGUAAAGGAAAACUGAAUCUGAACCAUGAGGGAAAGUGCUAA